AUGGAGCCUCUACACGUCACCCUUCUCUUCCUUCUCUCCUUGACCCUUGUUAACUCACUGAGUCCAAAUUGUGACUCACCUAGCCAAGGGUCAACCCUUAGGGUCUACCAUGUGUCUAGCCCAUGCUCACCAUUUAGGCCAAAGACAACACUCUCAUGGGAGGAGAGUGUGCUUCAAAUGCAGGCGGACGACAAGACCAGGCUCGUUUAUCUAACGAGCCUGGUUGCUGGCCGGUCGUUUGUGCCAAUUGGGUCAGGCAGACAAAUCAUCCAAAGCCCGACCUACAUUGUGAAAGCUAAUAUCGGGACGCCAGCUCAGAGCUUGCUUAUGGCGUUGGAUACCAGCACUGACAUGGCUUUGGUUCCUUGUGCCGGUUGCGUUGGUUGCUCCUCCGUCACUUAUGAUUCAGCUAAGUCCACAAGCUUUUCCUCACUUGCUUGUGGUGCUGAACAGUGCAAACAGACUGGUGGUGGCACCAUCAUCGAUUCAGGGACCGUAUUCACGAGGCUGGUGGACGGAGCGUACACUGCAGUGAGAGACGAGUUCCGAAGGCGGAUGGGUAAAACAGCAGUAGUUUCGUCACUUGGUGGGUUCGACACCUGCUACACGAUCCCGAUAGGGAAACAAGUGCCAACAAUGACGUUCAUGUUCCCGGGACUUAACAUGUCGUUGCCGCAAGACAACUUCCUGAUCCACAGCUCCUCCGGCGCCACCACCUGUCUCGCCAUGUCAUCGUCACCGGCCCUCAACGUCAUCGCCAAUAUGCAGCAGCAGAACCAUCGGAUCGUAUUCGACAUACCCAACUCCAGGCUGGGGAUAUCACGUGAGAUCUGCUCAUGAGUCACGUGACAAUUAGUCGUCACUUGUAUUGCAUGUAUGUCGUCUUAAUUAUUUAUGUGUAUGCUUAAACUGUACUAUUUAUUCACUUUUGUAAGUGACUUGUCGGAAUCAAGAAGGGUCUUUUAAGCGUGUUCCCAU